AGACAUUUUGCAUGAAUCUCCGAUGUAGCCUGCAGACGCUGGACAUGAGGCGUUAGCCUGCAGUCCCCCGAUGGACAGCUCUUUGGCAGAUCCUUGGUCCAAGAUGCCCUCGGAUUCAGCAGAGGCGCCGCGGCGCACGGGGAUCCGCUACAGGAAGGUGAAGAAGGGCCGCGGCACGAAAAGUGGGGAAUUCCGCAUCAACAUCGAAGAGGGGAUGGAUCCCAAGACCAUGGCCGAAGAGUUGGAGGCUCUGAAGGUGGAGAUCAUGUCCAGCAUGGUCCACGCCAUCAAGUACAACGUGGGAGAUUCGGUCCAGACCUCCCAGGUGGUUUACUUCACCAACCGCCAGGCCCUGGGAGUCUCCCAGCAGCAGAUGCCCAAAGUCAGGCAGGCGCUGCACAUCAAGGAGCCCAAGCUGGUGAUCCGGCUGCUGCCCUCCACAGGUCCGGCCAACUUCUGGAAGACCUGCCUGGAGCUGCACCCGGAGCUGGCGCAGUAUAACCCCACCAAGAAGAUCCCGGAGCGGACCCCAGAGGAGGCCAUCCAAGUGGAGCAGCGCUUGACGCUCAUUGCGAAAGAGGUGCUGCUGCCAUUGGCCUUCAAGUCCAACGCCUUGAUCGUGGGCAGCAGCUGCUGCAGCCUCACCCAGGCCUUUGCGAAGGUCUCUGCGCCGGUGCAGCACCGCUAUGGAGAGGACUGCCCUUUCCGCAUGGUGAUCUUCGACCACGCGCCGUUCCUCUUUGGGGCCUCGGACAGCAAUCAGGACAUGGGCGCCCUCGAGGUUGAGCUCAGGUCCUUCAACCAGAACUGGGAGCGAACGGACUUUACAAAAGCCCUGAUUAAGAAGUUUGGACACGAGUCACGGUUCUGGCCCUGCCACUCACCGGUGGAAGGUGCCGGAGCCUAUAUAAUUUUCGAGUCCCUGGCCACAAAACGAGCAGAUCAGAUCGAUAUCAGAGCUGGCGAGCAAUUCCUGAACAAGUUUGUGGCUUCCCUGCAGAGCUAUUUGCCAGUGGUUGCCCUCUGGACCUGUGGCGACAGCCGCUUGAGCAACAUCGGCCAAGCUGCAGACCACGUGAGUUACCGACUACCGUUGAUCCUGCUGGACAGCCGUAGCCUUUGGCGUCGAGAGGUUGAAAAACCCGAGGGGGAGCAGUCACCCAAUCCGCGCGAUGACCCGCUGGAUCUGGACACGGCCUUGGAAAAGCUGCAUGGCAUCGCUGAUGGCUUGCGGGACAUGUCGCAGGUGGACACAUACACGGUUUCUGCAUUGGCACUGGUCCGCCGAGCUUUGGACUCCAUGCGGAGACAGCAGCUCACCAAGAACCGCCGCAGCAGGGGGGCUGGGAGCGGCUUGAACCUUGCGGGUGAUCAGGAAGACCCAAAGAUGCUUUGGCUUUGGCAGGCAAUUGAACUUGCCAGGGGCAAGGACUUCUCUCAGGAGCACGAGGAUGAUGCCAUAGAGCAGCAUUCAGCUGGGGCUGUUGCGAAUGAGGCGGUGGGCCGAUUUCUGCGGUAUGUGGGGGAGCAGCAAUUUCAAGAAGCACAAGUCAUCAAAUAUAUGCGGGAGGGUGGCAUUAAUGGGCUCAGGAAGGCGACCACCUACGAGGAGCUGCAAAAGCUUUGGAUCGAAAACUUGCAAAAGAUGAUCUACAGUUUGGCGCAUUGCCCGCCCUGCCUCUUUGAGAGAAGCAUUGGCGGCAUGCAGCUGGUGAAAGAGGCGUACACGAAAAAUGGCACCUUCGGCGAGGUUGUUGAGCUGAACUUGAAGGAGUUGCAAGACCACGGCCUUCCUUUCGACAUGGUCCACGCAGAGCUGAUGGCGGCCCUUGAGGAAGUCCAGGCCAGCAACGCCCGCUAUGAUGAGCGGGAGAAGCAGGCGGAUGUCUUCCUGCGCAGGAGCGAUUUGUGGCUAUCGGUCUACGAUAUUUUGGCGUCGGAUGUGGUGUAUAGCUGCGGCAUCGACAAGAUUGACCGCAUCAAGGAACUCAUGAGCAAGCAGGCCCGCUCCGAGCGGCUGCCGGACAGCAACACCUUGGAAGGCCUGUUGCUUUUGCAGUCCGCGUGGACGCUGACAGAUUUGUUCCAUAGUACGGCUGGUCGUUUCAAGUGGCUGGCCAAGUCAUCUUACGUUUUGGUGCUUGUUCUGGGGGUUGUGAUGGUCUGCAUGAUCGCCCUGGAAACUUACGGCACGCUGGACAUGCGCACGGCCAAGAAUGUAGUCCUUUCACUGGCGCUACUUUCCGGAGCGCUGAAAGCGUGGACUUCAUUUUCUGAUCCGAUGAACAAGUGGCUAAAGCUCAGGUCUGGCUCUGUCAUGCUGCAAGCAGAGAUCUGGAAAUUCCGCACGCGCGUUGGGAACUAUGCCAGUGUGCGAUCCUUGCAUCAGCGGGAGGCAGCCGAGCGAUUGGCAGAAACCAACCUACAGGAUGUGAUUCGGGCUGUUCGAAGCUCAGUCCUGGAAGGCUCCGGUCUCAGUCAGACUAAGUUCUACUCCAUCAGUACCGUGGUUGAUGACGCUCAAGCAGGUUCACGCAUUCCUCCUUCCCUUCCUGGAAGGCAUUUUCAGCACAACCCUCGCAAAGUGGUGAGCCCAGUGCAGGUGAAUCAGGAUAACCACCACUCACCAGUGAGCCCGGAUGAGUACAUUUGCUGGCGAAUUACGCCAUCACUGAAUUUCUACCAGCAGCGGGUGCCGCUCUAUGCACGGCUCCUCACUUUUCUUCAGGUCGUGUCCUUGGGCUCGUCGCUGGUCACCACGGUGCUGGCGGCCUUCGACGGCUUCGCCUUUUGGACGCCGCUGGUGGUGGCCAUCGCCAGCGCCUUCGCCGCCUGGCAGGAGUUUGGCGCCGCAGGGAAGAAGCUGCAGCGUUACUCCACGGCCAUCGACACCCUGAGCAGCUUGAUUCUGUGGUGGAAGGCGCUGCCUGCGGUGGACAAGGCAGACGCCCGGAACAUCGAGCGCCUGGUGAGCACCUCGGAGGCCACCAUCGCCGCAGAGCACACGGCCUGGCUCAGCGACGCCCUGAAAGCCCAACGCUUAGUGGAGCAGGCCAUGAGCCAGGAGCACCAACAGAGUCACAAUGAAGAGCCCGAAAAGGCCACCGAGUAGUGCCACGGUAUGCAUUUACUUGCUUGUGCUCAGUAGGGAAU